AAAACAAUCACUUUUCUCUUAGCACACAGAGGACAUCUCAGACCAUUACUUCACCUUCUUUGUGGCAGUGUUUAGCCUGCUUCUUGUCCUGUAGCCUAGACGGAUAGGCCUAUUGUGGCUCAGGACCCUAUUCUUAUACUUUUGUACUAUUGCCAUUUUUAAUAUAUCAAUUCUACCUUCUUCAGUCGAAAAAAAAAAGCUCCACGAAGUCUCUCAUAGUCUCAUCUUUUACUCAACAACUUGUGGAAGCUUUUAAAGGACUUGUUUCAGUUGUUUUCACUAAUCUCAUCUGAACCGCUCUUGGUCAAGCGAAGAGGAGCUGAUCUGAACCGCUUUUGUUUCAGUUGUGGCUGAUCUGUUCAAACAGGUUUUUCUUAAAAAAAAUUUCUUUGGUAAAGUAGAGCUGUAAGAUCCGAUGACACAUCUUUACCUUUUACCACCACUGAUAAGAAAAAGUAAUUAUUAUUUAUAACAAAAAUGUAAAAAUCAAGCUAGUUCUAGUUAGUGUGUGCCAGAGUGGGAGGAAGAGUAGAGAGUUUUUGGCUUAUGGGUUUUGGUCCUUUUCUGUAUUUCUGAUGGGAGAGAAGAUGAAAGUGAAGGAACAGCAGACAGCAGAAAAAUGAAAGAACGCGGAUAGGGGUUCCGGGGCACUGGUAGCAGAGGUCAGAUUGUGGGUCCCAAUUUUUUGGGUUUUUGAAGAUGAAAACAGAAGCGGGUUUACGUGCCAAACCGGGCUUUGGAAUAGGAGUGAUUAUUUUUUUACACCCAAACAGGCCGAACCCACUCUCAUCAUUAAAAUAAUGCAACUCUUUCUUUUUCUCAAAAAAAAAAAAAAAUUAAUAAUGCAACUUUUUCAACGGAAGGUUAGAUUUGGAACUUUAUUGGUUGUACCUUACCUUACCUCUCCGUCAUUCACUCUCCAAGGGACCAUGCUGAAACAGCUCACUGCACUUGAGGGCCUUCCUGGAAACCUAAAUCCAAACCCUAGAUGCGCUCCAAUCAACACCUUCACGGACCAACCAUCCAUGGAGCACCAUCCAUCCAUGGCGGACCUCCCAUAUGAGGUACUCACAUACAUACUCUUCAAAGCACCAGUCAAAACCCUCAUCAAGCUCCGCUCCGUAUCAAAGCCAUUGCUGUCUCUAAUCGACAGCCCAUGCUUCAUCCGCCUCCACCUCCGCUACUCCAUCGCCACCUCCUCGAACGUCACCGUCAUCCUCCGCAGGGAAUCGGAGCUCUUCUCCGUAAGCCUCGAGUCCCUAAACGCCGCCGACGAGCUCGCCCACCCUCUCAUGUGCUACAGCAACCGGAUUCGCGUCCUCGGCUCCGCCAACGGCUUGCUCUGCAUCACGAACGUCGCCGAAGACAUCGCUUUCUGGAACCCUUCGAUCAAGAAGCACAAGGUGUUGCCGUUUUUGCCGGUCGAUCGGCCCUGCGACCACGGGAUGAGCGUGUGCGGCGCACGUGCGUACGGGUUCGGAUACGACUCUGCGCACGACGACUACAAGCUGGUGAGGAUUUCGCAGUUCGUUGACUUGGAAAGCGAAGGUUUCGCUUCGGAGGUCAAGGUUUUCAGCUUGAGAGCGAACGAGUGGAGAAGGGUUGAGGAAAUGAAUUACGUUCUGUGUUACUUGAAGAAAAACGGGACGCUUGCUUGUGGAGCUUUGCAUUGGGUUGUGACGAAGAAGUUCAAACUGGACGAGGUUGAUCAGAUCGUUUCGUUCGAUCUGACGGAUGAGAAUUUUCGCGAAUUGCCUCUGCCCAAGUGUUUGGAAGAUCAGAGGGUUCAGAUUGAGGUUGGGGCUUUAGGGGACUGUGUGUCCGUGACCGCGGAUUAUCAUGACGUUCGCGUUGACGUUUGGGUGAUGAAAGAGUAUAGAGUGAAAGAGUCUUGGUUUAUGUUGUUUAGUAUUGCUCGAACUGAAGUGGUCGGAUCGUUUAAGUAUUUGAGGCCGUUGGCUUAUUCGAAGAGCGGCAAGGAGGUCUUGUUGGUUGUGGAUAAUCAGAGGCUUGUGUGGUAUGAUUUGAGGAAGAAAAGGGUUAAGAAUGUGAAGAUUUUGGGUAUGCCGGAUUUGUUUGAGGCCGAGAUUUGUCUUGCGAGCCUCGUUCCGGUUGAGGCUAGUAGAAGAGGGUAUGGUAAGAAGCACAAUUUGAGUGAAGAGAAUCAUAAAAAGAAAAGGGAUGAUUUCUUGUCGGAGGGUUUCAAGUUGGUGUUAUAAUCAAACAGGAUGAUGAAACAAAAGCAUGAAAAAGAGUGUGGAAAGUGAAGGAGAGAGUUUUACUUUAGAGUAUUUGAGAAUGCUUGAAGAUUGAAGGAAGUAUAAUUAACAUGAUAUGUAUCAUCUUUCAACACUUUUUCCAGUUUUUUGUGAUAUGAUGUCCACUUGUCUUCAACACCUGGUAUAGACCCUUCUGUAAAAUGUUGUGAGCGGUGAGCGUAAUAUGCUUAUUACGAGAUUAUGUUAUGUAAAAAUUAUGUUUGUAUCCUGAUCAAAUUUGCAAGUUUUAUGUAAUACCUGUUGAUUUUGAUGCUCAAAUUUACUUAAAGAGACUUAUCAAAAAAAAAUUUACUUAAA